AGUUGGCUGUGAGUGCCAGCGUGGGCGGCUGGCUGAGUGCCAGCGUGGGCGGCAGGCUGAGUGCCAGCGGGGCACACCGAGGAUGAGCCAUCACAGUGGUGGUGACGGUGGGGCAGGACGCUGGCUGGUCUGAGACACUCUGAACAUCGCGCUAUGUUUUUUUCAAGUGAAAUAACUUCACAUGAGAAAGAAAUGUGAAUCAUACGUAAAUAAGCGAACAUUAAGAAAUACGUGAUCAUAACUGACUCAGAAAAAAAGAUAUUGCGAAUUCUUAAAAAGAAAACGUGAAAAUGCGACUUAAUCUGAGGACUCGGAGAGGCGCGUUACCUGACGGAGUCCUCCUCCGAGGCCCACAGUGUGUCAGUAGUCUGGUGGUGGUGGUGCUGGCGGUGGUGGUGGGGAUGGCGGGCGCCACGCCCCCAACAGCCGCCACCAGCCCGGAGGUCAACCUCGAGGAUACUGUCAGAAGUCACACUCAGACGCUCAUCAACAUGGGCAGGUAUCUGAGGCAGACUGAUAAGUUUUGGAAGUGGUACCAGGAGAACCACAGGCGUCUGGACGAACUGUUGGCAGGAAGCCCAACCAGUACCGGCGAUGACGACAACCCGACGCUGGGCGCCACCGUCGCCGACCUCUCCAUAAGGCUUGAGACCAUGCAGGAGCAGUACGACAGCAGACUGCAGGAGCAAGAGGAGCAGCUGAUGCUGCUGCAGGAGGCGCUGCAGCAGCAGAGGAAGAUCAACGAGGACCUCCAGGCCGACCUUCAGGACCUCUCCAGCCGCGCCUCCACUCAGGAGUCCAUCAGCGCCAGGCUCUCCAGCGACCUGGCCAAGAACCAGCAGGCGGUGACGAGGAGUGAGACGGCGGUCCAAGGGCUGCUGAAAGAGGUGGGUGAGAACAAGACUCAAGACGUUCUCAUGUUCGUAAAGAACCUUGCAAUACAGGCCAACAGGAGUAUAGAAGACCUGCAUGGAGAGGUCAAGCAGUUCCGUGACCACCAGAUGCCGACCGUCUUGGAGCGGUUAGAUGCCCUCAACGCUACGAGUAAAGACAAUAAGGAGGCGGUGCUCAAGAUCCAGCAGACGACAAGGCGCCAUAGCAACACCUUGCAACAGAUGGCGACGAAGGGACAGGUGAGGGAGGAGGUGGAGCGACAGGUGAGGCAGGAGGUGGAGGAACAGGUGAGGCAGGAGGUAGAGUUUCUCAACACCUCUCACCAGCAGCUGACCAGCGUCAUUAAGGAAGACGUGGAAAAGACGAGGCAGGAGGUGGCGGGGGUGGAAGAGAGCCUCCGUAAGAAGGACGAGGAUCUCAAGGACUUGAGGCAGAGAGUGGAGCAGUCCCACUCGAACCUUAGCCAAAACAUCAACAGCCUUGUGGUCACCCUCGUCUUCCCUCUGGAGGAGAAGGUCUACCAGCUCAAUGGAACAGUCGAGGACCUCAGAGAGAGACUGGAGCAGAAACUCGGACAAUUCGAGAGCGAUCUCAAAGUGGUGAAGUCGCGAUCUUCCAGUCCAAAGACCGCCCAGAUGAGUCCGCAGCUUCAGGCUCAGAUAACAAAGCUACAGACGCAUCUCGGCAACAUUACAGGCGACGUUAGCAGGCUAGACGGUCGCCACUCCGCCGUGGACAGUCGACUCAACUCCUUCGAAGACCGGCUGAGAAACUUAGACAGAAAUAAAAACGAAGCUAAUUCACGAACAACGGCCUUGGAGACGAGGGUGAGCGGUCUCCAGGGGUCAGACUCCACCUUGAGGCACUUAACCCAGCGUCUGUCUACCCUUGAGAAUAACACGGGACACCUCAACCUCGAACUGAAGACGUUCAAGGAAUCGUUCCAGCUCCGCGCGGACGACCUCCAGGUGAAGCUCGGGGACUUGGAGGACCGGCUGAAGCAGCGAGACUUUACCAGGACCACAGGAGACCAGUUGGUUGGCAGCCUGGGAACGGACAACGUAUCUGAUAUAUAUAAAAACUUGGGUAGUUUUAUGCCUGGAAGUCCAGCCAUUCCAGCAGGACUGAUGGGCCCACCUGGAGACCAUGGUGGACAUGGAAGCCAAGGAGCUCCCGGUGGCCGAGGAGGCCAAGGAGCCCCAGGAGGUCGAGGGGCCCCAGGAGGUCGAGGGGCCCCUGGAGGCCAAGGGGCCCCUGGAGGCCAAGGAGCUCCAGGAAGUCCAGGGCUCCCAGGAGCACCAGGUGUCCCAGGAACUCCCGGUGCCCCAGGAGGUCGAGGGGCGCCGGGAGGUCGCGGUCCCCCAGGAGGACGAGGGGCCCCGGGAAGUCGAGGAGCCCCAGGAGGACGAGGAGCCCCAGGAAGUCGAGGAGCCCCAGGAGGUUCUGGUCUUCCAGGUUCGCCAGGUGGUGCUGGAAGUCCUGGACUUGCAGGUCCAGCAGGAUAAGAAAUCGCUUGAGAUCACACAAGCUCCACGGAGCCACACCAGCUGAUGACCGCCUCUCUCAACUGACACAACAACCCCCCCAAUCCUUUCCUCCUGAUGUACUGUCCCCCUACGUCACCCUCCUGACGUAUUGUCCCCCCUACGUCACCCUCCUGACGUACUGACUGAUAAUCUACGACACGCACCCACAGUCACGGUACGUCGCCAUACCCACUACUAACACAGUUCGUAAGAUACGGCAGUCAUUAUGAACGGCCCUUCGAUGAAUACUAUUCACUUGUCGCCUUAAAGAACAUAUUCAUCAGACAUCGUCAAACAGCUUCUGAGAAAAGUGUUGAGUAUCUAUCUGUAUUAUUUAGAUAAAUAAUACAUUAUUAUUAUCACAUACCAAAAGAAUAGGGGGUGGUAGGAGAAGAAAAUAUCAAAGUGUUCAGUGAGGAGCCACAAGGUCUUCUCUGAGUACUCUUUAUUUUCUUCUCCGAAGCUAUGGGUCCCUACACUUGCACGAGAGGUGGUACCCCUUCUAGGUAUAAAUUAUUAUUAUUUAUAAGAAAUUCUUAAUAUUUAUCGAGUAUUAUUUAUAUUGCAUUGUCUUCACUUUAUAAUGACAGGUAAUCACAUAGGUGAUUAUAAAUUCAACAUUUUCUCUCUCUACAUGUUAAAAUUGUGAACACAAAUACACUUAUUGCAUUAUACUUCACUCUUAUAAUGCUUUGAUUUUGAUGAUAAUAACAAUUAUACAAAUAUACCAGUAUAAUACCAGUAUAAAACCUGACUCUUCCAGGUGUGGUUAAGCUAUUUCAUCUCAUAAUACAACUGACAUACUUAGCACCUUAGGGCAGUAUUGUCUAGGACAUGUAUUGCAAAGAUGACAUGUAAACUGGUACUGCAGUAAAUUAGGAGGUCAAGGGUGAUUGAGCAACAGCAGUGUUGACCCCUCCGUCAAUAACAGAGGUCAGGAGAGACUGAUCAACAACAGUAUUGACCCCUCCGUCAAUAAAAAAAAACUCUUGACUGUUAUUUGAGGAAUAUCCAAGACUGAAAGGGUUAAAUCAAAGUGCCGGCCCCGAUUGAAGACAAAAAUCUUCCUUAAUUCGCAACUUCAUGGAUACUUUGAAUUAAAGAACUUCGUUAACAAAGCGAAUGACCUCGCUUGAGAGGGAAGACUGCUGUAAACAGCUAAUGGCCCCUUAACCAUCAGAUUUAACAGUACCCUUAUCAAUAAGAUCCAAAUCUGGAAUUAAGAUCCGAAGCGGCUCAUGACAAUCCAAGUGACGUUCAUGCCGAUAAGCAUUCCAAUACUCUAUAUAUAUCUCUCAUGGAGGAGUUUGUUUCCUCUUUAAUUAGUUUACUUAAACCAAAAGCUGCCCACCAAAUUUGAAAUCCCAAUUUUAAUGUAUACAACCCAAAAAAUUAUAUAUAUAUAAUAUAAAAUAAUAUAAAAUCUCCAAGGCCUUGAAAAAUAUUGAGGCUAUUUAAUGGGAUUGAACCAGCGUUCUUGGGAAUACAUCAGUCUUCCCUGGUGUUCUUGAGAAAGCCUGAUUAGGUCUACUCCAUAUAGCUGAAAAUCCUACCCACUUCGACAACUACUGACCAAUACCUUACACGUUAUCUUGAAUAUUUUAUAAACUUUUAAAAUGACCAACUUUAAAUCUUAGCUAAACAUAACAUGAUUUGACCCCCAAAAAUAACAUACUGUUUGACCCCCCAAACACUCAAGUUAUGUAUUAUUGAAUUAGCCCAAAUGACACCGAAUACAGACACGUAGCCAAAGAGCCUAACCAAGCCUAUCCUAGGCCUAAUAAGCACUCGUAGGCCUACGAGUGUCUAAAUUUGGCUUUAGCUUUUUCCCCUCUAACUUUAUAAAGUGAAUAGUACAAAACGAACACUUUUAGGGGUCCAAGAGUCCAUUUUUGUACAUUUCCCCAAACAUUUCCUCUAAUAUAAUUUUUGGCGUAUUGGGUUGUAUUAUAAAUAUUCUUGACUUUCUACAUUCAUCUCUUGAUAAAUUAAGUACCGACAGGAAUGGUUGACCUUUGAAAGGACGUUUGUACCGCUGCUGACUGUGACCUUCUCCAUAAGUUACAUUAAUCCUGGAAAAAAAAAAUCUUGCCCAGAGGACACUGAUGUCAAAAUAAGACAUAAAUAUUAUUACUCAGCCAAUCAGCAAGUUUAUUUUAGCUCUGAAUAUAUAGUCUUGGACUAAGUAAACUGGGUAAACUGAGUGCAUAUUUCCUCAGCGAUAAAUGAGGUAUACCUCUGUGUAUAUCCCUGAGAUUACACUGUAGUAUUAUGAACAUUCAAUAACAAUUAAAUUGUAUAUUAAGAAAUAGCAUAUUAAUUAGCAUCAAUUAUCUUCCUAACAACAUUGUUAAUGAAGGCCCAUAAUUAUUUAAUUAAUAUAAAAUCUGCAAAUGUAAUUAAUUUAGCCAAAGGAAUAAGCGACAGUAAUAUAACAUUAUUAUAUUUCAAGACUUUCCUGAAAUGACAGGAGAAAAUAUUGAUUUUUUUUUCUAAUAUAAAACAAAAAAUAUUUUAUUGCGAAUAUAAGCUUUGUAACAUAUUCAUUGUAUAUUUUUGUAUAAAUAAAUAUUAUCGUAUCA